AUGGGAAGCAUGAAAGACGAGGAUAUAGAGAGAAUGAAAAAUAUGUCUUAGCAGCAGUUCGGAUAGAACAGAGGUGGAGCUGCUCCUUAACAAUAACCAAAUCCUGGAUUCGGAUCAGAGUCCUCUUAAUGGGUGCCAAAUAGUAAUUCUUAGCAGCAGAAACCAGCAAGUACUAUCAAGAAUAAAGAUAUUGAAGAGGCUAAUAGACUAAAGGAGAGAGCAAAUAACCUCUUUAAGGAAUAGCAAUUUGAGAAAGCAUGUGAGAAGUACUAUGAGUCCAUAAACUCAAUAAGGUUCAAUGAAACCAUCAAGAACAAUCCCGAGGCAAGAUAAAUUGAAAUAGCUUGUAGAUUAAAUGUAGCAUUGUGCAAAGAUAAGUUAGGAGAGCAUAACGUUGUGAUUGAUUAGUGUUAGUAAGUUCUCGAAUAUGAGCCUAAAAAUUGGAAGGCGUGUUUCAGAUUGAGUAAUGCUAUGUAUUUGCAGAAUAAAGGAAAGUAAAAUAUAAAGGCUAUUCAUGACUAUGCAAAGAUAGCUCUUGAUGGCAAUCCUAGUGAUUAGAAGAUUAAAGACUUUUAUACUUAGGUAAAGUCAAGGUAUUAAGAAUAUUAAGAUUCUCUAAAGGAGGAUGAGGAAAAAAAGAGAUUCGAAGAAUUACAACAAAAAAAGUAAUAAGAAGAAUAGUAAGAAAAUUAAAAUAAAUAGCAAUCUAAAUAAGAAAGAGUAGUUGAAGAGGAAAAAGUUUUAACUCCUAAUUAAAAUCAAUAAUAGCAAUAAAAAUUUGUAGCUCCAAACCCUCUUCAAAAUUUGCCUGAGGAAGAAAAAGAGAGAAUAUUGAAGCAAGGUACAGAGUAACUUAAGAAUAUGGAUGAUAGUUAACUUAAUACAAUGGUGAAUAUGAUGAAAAAUAAUAAGGAUUAUGUUAAGCAAAUGUACAAGGCUCAAGGGAUGGAUUUGAGUGAUGCCUAGAUCGAAUAAAUGAGCUCUAUGAUGAACCCUGAGAUGAUUAAAAUGGCAAGAGAUAUGAUGUCUUCAAAUCCAGAUCUCAUUAAUCAAAUGAAAAGCAUGCAAGGAAAUAGAUAGCAACCUCCACCAAUGAAUAACUAAGCAUCCUAAUAGAUUGAAACCAAUUAAAACAAAAAAUAACCUUAAAAUAGCGAAGAGCCCAUUAUUGAAGAGGAAGUGAAGAGCCAGCCUGCUUAAUAGCAAUAACCAUAAUUCAAUCCGUUUGAGAUGAUGAAUCAGAUGAAUUAGCCAGGAGGAAAUAAUGGUAUGAUGGAUAUGAUGAGUAAUAUGAUGAACAACCCGAUGGUAUAGUAAAUGAUGCAGAAUCCAGACAUGAUGCGCUAAGCUUAAUAAAUGAUGUCAGGAGGAAAUAUGGAUCCCUCUAAGAUGCAAGACAUGAUGCAAAAUCCAUCAAUGAAGAAUCUAAUGAGCAAUCCUGACAUGAUAAGCAAUGCCCUCAACAUGAUGAAAGAUCCUAGAAACAAGGGAAUGCUUGAUAUGAUGAAGCAGCAAAAUCCUAACCUUAAUGUUGACAUGAUGAUGAAAGCUAUAGAUGUGCUUGCUAAAGUAGCUUCUACAUAUAAAAGGGUAAAGAGUGCUUGGGCUAAUAUAUAUGUAAGAUUGACUGUAUUUGCACUGUUAGUAGCAAUCAUCGCCUAUUUUUGGGGAUGA